AUGAGUGUCUCUGCACCUAGCCCCACCAUCUUCUCAGGCAGCAUCUCUGGGUUCUUCCAAGUGGCCUCCCUGCUCAGCCUACUUCUGCUGUUGUUCAAGGUAGCCCAGCACCACCUGCAAAGACAGCGGCUACUCAAAGCCUUCCAGGAGUUCCCAUCUCCACCCUCCCACUGGGUCUUUGGGCACAAGAUCCAAAGUGACCAGGAGCUACAAGAGAUUCUGACAUGGGUAGAGAAAUUCCCAAGUGGAUGCCCACAGUGGCUUUGGGGGAGCAAAGUGCGUUUCAUCGUCUAUGACCCUGACUACAUGAAGAUCAUUCUGGGGAGAACAGACCCUAAAGCUCGUAGCUCCUAUCGAUUCUUGGCUCCUUGGAUUGGGGAAGGCUUGCUCCUCUUGAAUGGGCAGACAUGGUUCCAGCACCGACGCAUGUUGACUCCAGCCUUCCACUAUGACGUCCUGAUGCCCUACGUGGGAAUCAUGGCAGACUCUGUCCGAGUUAUGCUGGACAAAUGGGAGCAGCUCAUCAGCCAGGACUCCUCUCUGGAGAUCUUCCAACAUGUCUCCUUAAUGACACUGGACACUAUCAUGAAGUGUGCCUUCACUCACCAGGGUAGUGUCCAAUUGGACAGGAAUUCCCAGACCUAUCUCCAAGCUAUCGGGGACCUGAACAACCUCUUUUUCUUCCGAGUGAGAAAUGCCUUUUACCAGAAUGAUACGAUCUACAAGCUGACCUCUGAUGGACGCUUGUCCCACCGGUCCUGCCAAAUUGCCCAUGAACACACAGACCGAGUGAUCAAGCUGAGGAAGGCUCAGCUGCAGGAUGAGGGAGAGCUGGAAAAAGUCAAAAGGAAGAGACAUUUGGAUUUCCUGGACAUCCUCCUGUUUGCCAGAAUGGAGAAUGGGAAAGGUUUGUCUGACAAAGACCUACGUGCUGAGGUGGACACAUUCAUGUUUGAGGGUCAUGACACCACUGCCAGUGGCCUCUCCUGGAUCUUCUAUGCUCUAGCCAUGCAUCCCAAACAUCAGCAGAUGUGCAGGGAGGAGGUCCAAAGUCUCCUGGGGGAUGGAGCCUCCAUUACCUGGGACCACCUGGACCAGAUGCCCUAUACCACCAUGUGCAUCAAGGAGGCAAUGAGGCUCUAUCCACCAGUACCAGGUGUAAGCAGGGAACUGAGCAAGCCUGUCACCUUCCCUGAUGGACGCUCCUUACCCAAAGGUGUAAUACUUGUGCUCUCCUUUUAUGCCCUUCACCACAAUCCAAAGGUGUGGCCAAAUCCUGAGGUGUUUGAUCCUUCCCGGUUUGCACCAGAUUCUGCCCAACACAGUCACUCAUUCCUGCCCUUCUCAGGAGGAUCAAGGAAUUGCAUUGGGAAACGAUUUGCUAUGAAUGAGCUGAAAGUGGCCGUGGCCCUGACCCUGCUCCGCUUUGAGCUGCUGCCAGAUUCCACAAGGAUCCCUGAACCUAUGGCACGAAUUGUCUUGAAGUCCAAGAAUGGGAUCCACCUGUACCUUAGGAAGCUCUAA